UACCGUAGACGUCUACAACAGCAAAACCAAGCCAAGCCAAAGCAAAGCCAGGGAAUUAACAAUGGCUGAUUAUUGGAAGUCAAAUCCAAGAAAGUUUUGUGACUUUUGCCAGUGUUGGUUUGCAGACAACAAAUCGAGUAAAGAGUUUCACGAGAGGGGUAAGCGGCACAAGGAGAAUGUGGAGAAGAAGAUUGCAGAGCUGCGUAAGAAAGGGCAGAAGCAGUAUGAAACCCAGCAACAACUCAGCGGCUUCAUGAAACAGAUAGAGGAGGAUGCUAUGAAAGCUUUCAAGAAGGAUGUGGCAUCUAAUCCUGACCUGAUACCAGAGUAUAAGGUGGCUCUGGUAGAAAACAGCGUACGACAACAGCAAGAGCAGGAGGAAUUGACAGUUCAGCAGGGGAGCAGAUACCAGCCAGGAGGGACGUCAAGUACCCAGGGGAACACGCCCUCAUCAUCGACCACACCCAACGACCAAUCACAGGAAUGGAUGGAAGCGGUCAGUCCAGAGGGUCACACCUACUACUGGAACACCAAGACAGGAGUGACCCAGUGGGAAAAACCAGCCAACUUCAUAUCAGCACCCUCCACCUCAUCACAAGAUAAACCUUCUUCCAAACAAAAGGUCGAAGAAGAAUCAGAAUCAGAUGAGGAUGAAGAGAAAGAUCAAGAGAAGAAAGAGGGGAAUGAAGAGAGUUUAUCAAGAGGAACAAAAAGAAAUAGCGAUGCGUAUGGUGGGUGGACAUCUGUUUCAACUGAACCAGAAGAAGAGCAAGAUCUUCAACUCCCUGAAGCGAACCCUCUGUACAUGAGCUCCUACGUACCCCAGGCUGCCCAGUAUGAACCCAGAGAGAAGCUAGACAUCAAGGAGAAGGUGGUCGGAAGCAUCAAGGCAAGCUCAAGGGAAGGUCAGGGGGUGUGUCGUUUAAGAAGAGGAAAGGAGGCCAAAGACAAAUCCGGUCGAGGGAUUCGUCCUCAUGACGUAGAUCUACAUUUCUGGACUCCAGGAUGCAAAGGAUCAAGGGGUGUUGUUUGAGAAGAAGAAAGGGGGUCAAAGACGAAUCUGUUCUAAGGAUUCUUGAUCACGUUGUAGACUACAUGUAUAUUUCUGGAGACGCAGAGAGUUGUGUCGUUUAGGA